UCACAAAUGAUGGAAUGAAUGGCCGACACCAGCGGACAUGACAAUGCCAAUGAGCGGCCUGUAGCUAGCGAUGUGACUGCACACUGACACUGACACUGAUGGUUAGAGCGAUGCCAAGCUCACUUGUGACUGCCAUUGUGUGGCGGGGAGUAUCACUGACACUGACACUGACACUGAUGCUUACAGCGAUGCCAACCUCACUUGUGACUGCCACAGCGUGGCGGGCAGUGCCAGUGCACACGGAGACUGUGGGGUGAGGAGGUCCAGCACCAGGGAAGCCUGUGCGCCGCAGGACACUGGGAGGCGAGGCAGGGAGGGGAUGCGCGGUGGUGGAUGACCACCAGACGACGCCACUGGCUGUGGAGCCGGGUGGAUCAGACGGCCGCGCGAUGGCUCGAGCUUGCCUGCUCGUCGCAGUCCUCCUUCUUUCUUCGGGUGUUUGUCGCGGACAUCUUCUUGAAAGGGUUCGUCUACGACCAGCGCCCAAACUUCGACUUCCAGGUUUACCGAAAGAGAAACCAUGCACAGAUACACGCGAAGUGGUUCGCAGCAUGGAGUUCGACUCGCUGUCCUUUAAGGGCAGGUUGCCGGAGUCGAUCGACAAAACUUUGUUCGUGGAGUUCGACUUCGCUAUGCCCGUGCUGGUGGUGGGCUGGACGACACGUGGGCGAGCAGGCUUCAGACACGGCUUCUACAAACAAGAGCCUGGCUUCGUGAGCACCUACAUGGUCACCUACAUCACCAAGACGGGGAAGAUGCAGAAGCUAGAACACCCGUUGACUAGUGGCGGGGUGGUCAACCUGUUGAAGCCUGUGGAGAUCAGGUCAAUACGCUUUACGCCGCUCUACUGGUCAGGUGUGCCCUUCCUUGAGGUCAGGCUCGUCAUCUGCUCCCUCUCCAUGGCUAAGAUGAUCAUUCGCGAUGCCCUCGAUGUCUCCAACAUAGAGGACAAAAUCAUCGAAGAACAAACAAAGGUGAACAAAGAUCUGUUGGUGCUGCAGUCAGACCUGACCGGCCAAAAUGUAGGGGCGGAAGAUUCUGAUGCGCUCAACGCCAAGCAGAUUGAAAUGGACGCCAUGGCUCUCAAGUCAGACAUGAAAGAAAACGUCAUAGAGGAUGCGCUCAUCGAAUCAGCUGAAGAUUACCUGCUUCUCCCGAAGGAAGUGGAAGUCGAAAUAAUCGCCGAGGAAGAUACACCAAGGCUGAAAGAUCUCGCGCCCUUGAACUCAGAAUUAGCCAUAGAAGCUGCGAAGGCCAUAGAACAAGAAGACUAUGAUGAAGAGGAAGUCGUGCUUUUGGAGACAAAACCUUCCCGGGAAGGCGAAACUGAGAUGCAGUCGGCUGAUGACAUCAUGGUGGACACGUGGAAUGGCGUGCCCAGAGGAUGUCGUGCCAAGCCUGCUGACGUGUACUUCGUGCUGGACACAGCAAGCGGCACGUCCGACGCGGCGGUGCAGCAGCAGCAGCAGUUCCUGGCCUCCCUGGCGGCGCUGUUCCCGCUGUCCAAGACAGCCGUGCGUGUGGGCAUCAUUUCUGUCGGCCACAGGCCAGAGGUCACCGCUCGCCUGGGCCGCAAGGACAAGAUGGCCGACCUGCAGCAGGCCGUGCACAGCACACCACGUGUCGGAGGGCUCCCUGAUAUCGCGCAGGCGCUAAGGUAUCUCCGGCAGAAAGCCUUCGCACCAGACACGGCCAGGAAGGAAGUGGCCCACGCGGUGAUCAUGAUGACAAACGGAAACUCCUUGAACGCCAAAGAGGCUGCGGCGGAAGCGAGGCUGCUGCGGGGUCAGGGAGUGUACCUGUACGCGGUGUCGACCUCGGCUGAUCAGAAGGUCGACAAGACAGAACUCAUGCGCCUCGCCUCGCAGCCGGCAGACAAAUUUGUUUACGACACCAGCGACUACAACAUCGUCGAGUCUUUGAUAGACCUGCUGCACGUGGAGCUGUGUAAUUACCAAGUCCUGCCCCCUAUCAAAACCAAGGAUUCCAUGUGCGCAAGCCGCCGUCCGACAGAUGUCGCCUUUGUGGUGGAGCACCUUGGUCUGGGCAGCCCCAAGACACAACGCCUUCUCGACUUCAUCCAGUCCAUGCUGUCGGAAAUGGAUCCCGACUCAGACAUCAAGGCCGCCAUCGUGACCAGCGAGGACCCCAUCCUCAGCAGCAAAGUGGACACAAUCCAGCACCUGGAAAAGCGCCUGGACAAAGUUGUCUUCCCCGAUCUAGGAACCUUGCUAAAGAGGGCGCGCAAGACGCUGGGUCAUCGAGUGCGCGGGAAGGAGAAAGUGAAAGACGAGGAGGUGCAGAAGGUGGUGGUGGUCUUCGUCGAUGACUCGGUGGAGAUGACGUCACACACGCUGGAGGAAGCGCGAGCCAACAAGCGCCACAAGCUCGACACCUACGUCGUCGUGGUCGGCAACCUCACUAAGCCCACCGCCCCUCUCUUGCACGUGGCCAACGGAUCCGACCACGUGAUCUACGUGGACAGCUACGACGACCUUGAGUCCCAGUCUGUGCUGAGCCAGGUCCUGACGACUCUUUGCAGAGGGUUGUAGCGUGGACAGAAUAAUAUCGACAUGAAAUGUUGUGAUGUACAGCCAGACUGUGAUGAAAAGAAGCAGGGGGUGACAUGUGAUGUGAAUGCCAACAUAGGAUUUUAGACUAUUUCCGUCCAUCGUACAACGCUCUGCAGGACCAGUGUGGAAUGAUUCUUUGACGACAUCACGUGCCGGUCACGUGAGAUCAUAUGAGGUGGAGAGUGACGCCUCCUAUCACCUGACAGUUUAAGAUCGAUUUGGAGGAGAUAACCCAGCACACAAGGGCAGCCUAGUCUGUGAACACGUUACUGCAUUUAUUCCGGCCAUGUGUGACUGGUAUGUGUGAGUGAGAGAGAGAUUGCGAGAGACAGCGAGACAGAGACAGAGUUUUGUGUACGAGCUGAGGUUUUAGUAUUUAUUACUUUUAUAAUGUGACACAGUUCACACAUGAUGCUUUAUAAACAAUGUGUUAAUCGUAUUAACCGCAGAAUUUCCACCUUUGACUCCUUUUGGUCAUCAAGCUGGUUGCCACUCUUGCCACUGUCAGUUGCCAUAACACUGUCAGUUGAGCUGCCAUAACACUGUCAGUUGCCGUUAAGUCAGUUGAUGUGGAAGCUGCUGUCCUGGUAGCCGAGAGAUUCUGGUUUGAUGUCUUUAGACCUCUACCACGUACUCGCAUUUGUAUUGCGAUAUGUGCAGCCUUGCACGCGGACACUAAGCUGUCAGUUUGGUGAGUGAGAGAGGGACUAGGAGAGAGAGGGACUAGGAGAGAGGGAACGGAAAGCCGAGUGCUUACAGGCACGCCGGUUCGUUACCCGUAUAGUGCAAAGAAAAUCUCCCCCUCCCACCACGUUGAUCUUGCUACCGGGAAUGUGUAUCUGAUUCGAUGGAAGUUCGGCAAAAGGUAAAGGAGUGAGAGGAAAAGAAACCCUCACCCUCACAGAAAUCAUGGCACCGAGAACAGAGGGUAGGGUCUCUAUCUUAUCCUCCGCAACGACCGAAACAUGUUAGGAGACGACCUUCACCUUGAGAGACAGAGAGAGAGAGAGACUGCCGUGUCUGUGUGUCGCUUAUGUUGAGACUUUUCGACCUUUACGCUGAGUGAGAGAAAGACAGAAAAAGAGAGUGAAAGAAAGAGAUAGAGAGCCUGGCGUAUUAUUAUUAUUAGUGAGGUGCUUUAUUAAGACGUUAACAAGAGAGAUUAUUACUUAUCAUGAUCUGCUUUUAUACUGAGAUACUGUUGUACAAACUGGAGUAACAUUACUACACACCCGGGACUAUGUUCUAGUCAGGUGUAAGCCAUGUGUUUGUAAUGUGUUGAUGAAGACCAAGCAAGCCCUGCAGUGUCCAGUCCUGCACGACCAAUGGUCCAGUGAAGUGUAACCGUCAGAUAACCGCCACAUUCCAUUGACAGUAUUUGUACUUUCCUACACCCACACGUGCAGCAUGACUGGACCGACUGCAGGUUGACGACAGGCCAUGUUAUUCCUGUUGGCAAAUGAACCCGUGAUAUUGUCUUGUAAUAAAUACAUUUGUGUAUAA